UUUGGGAUUGGAGGUCGGUUUUAUACAUUACAAAUCAUCAAAAUGCAUAGCUGUCCCACUUUACCUGAUGUCCCACAUCACCUCAAGUAUUUCUGUCUUAACUGUCACAACAAAUCUUCCUCGCGCUGUUCUUUGAUGUUCGGGUUAUUUUGUCCUAUUUUGGAUAUACAUUGGACACAGUGCCAACUCAAUUCUAAGUAAUAAAUAACUUAGCCUAAAGCACAACCGUGAUGAUUUCAUUCAAUACGAUUUCCUCAGAGAUCGUAGGAAUCUCGAGGGAAUCUGCAUUUUUCCCAAUGUUUCAUUUCGGCAUUACAGUUUUGUUGCCAGACAGGGAGUCUUUUUAAAGAAAUCUUCCACUGUCGUAAGGCAAGAGCGGUUCCAGCUUGCAUUUCAUUGGUUCAUGAUGGGGGUGGAGUAGCAGUUAUAUUUUCAAAAUGGAGGUCCCCGUCUUGUUACUGUGUCUGGAGAACACGUCAGCGACUAGGAUAUUGUGUUAUUAUUGACGUAUGCAACUAAUUCGAUCCCAGCUGCCGACCUAUGCUUUUGUAUCAGGGCUAUUAUUUUGAUUAAAUAGCAUAGGCUUGGCACAACAAACAUUGUGUAAAAAUAUGUUCAAUGAUGUCGGUCAUCUCAACUAGUUGACUGAUAAAGCAACACUGUAGUUAAUUAUUGUCUUAAGAUGAGUUGUUUUCCAUCGUGUAGCGAUUCGUUGAUGAGCAGUAGCCUACACGUUUGGCUUGUAACAUUUGGUGAAAAGGAAAUAAUCAAAUAAAUACCGUGCGUUAAAGGGAAUAAACAAAAGGCUGUGUUGCCUAGGGUGCAAGUGCGUUUCAUUUGUUUCUGAGUGCGGAUACGUUGAGAGGGAGAGAGAGGAGGGGGCAAAGCUGAGUAUUACAGCGCAAAGCUAGAGGGAAAGACACACAGAAGAGGACAGCACUGAGAAGGAGACGGAGAUGGGGUACACAGCUGUCAGGGAGAAGAUCCUACAAAAACAACCAGAAAUGUCCAGAAAUACGGCACCCGACCGUGUAGAUGAGAAGGGGUAACACCUUUCCUGGAAAUGGGAACCGCUACUGGUUGAAGAAACACGUAAAAGAAUAAAAAUGAUCAGCCUGUGGAAUGGUUUGUCAGUUCUACCGUUGGCCAGAUUGAAGACUUGAAGAAUUGCUGUGACCAAGACUUAAUCAUGAGGACUUACUUCUUGUUGUCAUCUCGAUUGAAACUAGAAGACGUCUCUGUAAGUCUCAGUAAUUAUUAUCAGCUUAGAUUAUAGAAUGUUUCAUAACAUGUUGUUGCAUUAGUUGGUAUUUUUUACAAUGUGUUUGAUAGAUAGUAAUGCUUAUUACCAAGCAUUCUAGGACAGGGUGGUAGUGACACUGACGUGUGGAGCAUCAUAGCAAUCCAGAACUAUUUUCUGGCAAUGGUAGAUCCACAGCAACUAAAGGCGCUUUCUGUUUUAGAUUUUGUUGCAAGAACCAAUCAACCAACAUGUUCAUUUUGCCUACCUCAAAUACUGAACAUAUUGAAGACUAAGCAGGACCUGUAAUGUGCAGUGUUUUCUUGAUAUGAGUGUCUUGAGAAGACCCCAUUGAAAUGGACACAAUGGACGCAGAGACUACACACGUUGAGAUGAAGAUGGCGGCUAAGAUUUUCAGUUUUAUCGUAUUUUGGAGUUCCCUUUUUUUUUUAAAGCUCUUUUAAAAAAUCAGGAUCAACAAGUGGCUUUACACUUGGGGGAAACCUAUCCCCCUUGUUGGAAUCUUGUGGUCAUUAGAAAAAUAUUUUUGACACCUAUGUUCCUCGUUUCUUGAAUGCAUCAAAAUUGUAAAUACAAAUUCAAUUAUCUGUACAUUUUCAAUUAGAAUGUUGAAUAAAAUGCACAUACAUUUAACUUUUCUGAUUUUGUUCAUAUUUUCGUAUGCAGGAACUCGAAAUUUUAUCGGCGUUAAGCAAAAAACUUUUUUUACUCAUGAAGUUUAUCCAGCAAUUUAGUCUUGAUGAAGGAUUUUUUGCAUUUUUCUAUUUAAGAAUGUAUUUCAUGUUACCUUCCUAUCUUAUGUGAGGACUCUUUCUGCCACCCCCUAGAGGGCUAAUCAAACCACAUCAGAAAGCUUUUAGGGUUUAGGUGCUUCCCUAAAACAAUGAUUCUUUUAUGGCUAAAAUGGGAUGGAAGCCAGUAAGCUAGCUAAAAGAGUUUUUGUUGGAUACGUUUCUCAGUUUAAGGAUCAACUAUUUCUGGUUGGUGUUGUUUAGCAGUAACCUCCAUUGUAAGACCUCCAAGAUGUGUAUUUCCGUUGACGUAGCCUUAGGGUCGGGUGCCCAAAGUGCCGAUAUCCAAAAGCUUCCUACACAUAAUAAUGCUCUUGACUGGAUAACUUAAAAAUAAAUACAAAUAAAACAUCUGUGUGGAAGUUAAGCACUGGUUCAGUUGCGGACGUUAAUUAAUCAACUUUAUUUUCUACCACUAUAUUUGUAAUAGGUAUUUAAUGAUGACAAAAUAUUUUUAUUGCUGUGUUUGUAGUGGGCCAAAGUCACUUCAAAAUGGCUUCUAUAGAACUAGUUCCUGUCUGAACAGGAAAUGAUGUCUAGAUCUAAAGUAAAGUGUACAAUUAUACAAUUCUAAGACUUUUUAGCAUGAGUGGAUAUAACUCCACGUACAGCCAUGUUCAAUAGCUAAAAAGUAAACAAAUACAUUUAAAUUCAUCAUGAUUUAAGAGAGCCUUUUUAAUACAAAAUAUAGGGGGGAGGGACUAUACAGCAUCACCUGAGUGUGGGGUAAAUGGAAAUAACGUCAAUCAAAGGCAAAGCUUUUCAGAGCUAGGAAGGAGCUCUAGAUGGCGGAUGAGCCUUGGGAAGUGGAGCUGUUCAUUGGGCUUUUGUCAAGCUUUUUCUCUUCACUGAAAUCCCUCAGGAGGGGGGCUAUUUUGACAUUAAUAUUCGAAAAAGGUUAACGAUUCAUGUUUUAAUCAGUUAGAGCAUAUUUCUACGCCAUUUAGUGCUUUAUUGUGUCGUGUAAGGACGUCUUUGCUCAGCGUAUGCGCGAGUCGUUGUUUUCUCUACCCUGGGUUGGCAGCCAUGGCGCGCCUCCAUUUAUAGUGUGCUCCGUGAGGAGCCCAAGCCUUACCGUCUCUCUCGCACUGUAGUAGAAUUAACUGUCUUUUUAAAUAACAACUACAUAUUUGUUCCUAUUUGUUUAAAGUAGUUUUUCGUUUUUGCUCAACCUUAUUUUGUUAUAUUUUCACAAUUAUUACAUAAGUAAUAUAGCGGAGGUGAAUCUAAUAUCGCAUCAUACCUUACUGUACAUGGAAUAGUGAAUACCAGGACAUAAGGUCACCAAUUCAAAGUUUCAAGAUAAAUAAUGAUGAAGAACAAGAAUAAAAAGCAAGAGGAUGAAGGUUCGACUAAAAGCAAUGCAUCAAGCCACUCGGCUUCAGAAGAAUCCAACCACUCAGGGUCGGAAUCAGGCAGUCACUCGGAGAGUGAGCGUGGCAGCCUGAGGAGAACGUUGCACCACUCUGCUUCCAACAGUUCCUCAGAAUCUGAGAGCCACUCGGAGUCCGAGAGUGAAUCUACAGGGUCCAAGUCCCAGCAACAUUCCACUGAUGUGAAGGACAAGCCAGUUAGAAAGAAGGACAGUCUAGCAGAUGUAAAGAAGAUGUGGGAAGAACAUCCCGAUGUCUACGGAGUCAGGCGCUCAAGUCGCAGCAGACAAGAACCUGCCCGUCUCAAUAUCGGAGCUGGGGGCAGCAGUGAGUCUGAAGGUGGAAGUCCCAAACGAAAAGGACCACGUCCGAAAAAGAAAGAAAAUACCUGGAAAGAUGAUGACUCAAAUGAUGAAGAGGAGGAUGAGGAUGCCAGCAGUGCAGACAGUGAGCAAGAAGAAAAAAAAGUUAGAUCCAGACGUCUUCCUGCUAGAAGGCCUCAGACUAAAUCAACCCCCGUGAAGAAGCAGCAGCUUCAAAAAGGAAGGAAAACCAGGAAACAGGAGUCAUCCAUCGAGGAAGAUGACGAUGAUGAUGACGACGACGACGAUGAAGAUGACACCCCAAAGAGACAAACCCGUCGUAGAGUGGCAGCAAAAGUCAGUUAUAAGGAGGAUCAAAAUGAUUUUGAGACGGACUCUGAUGACCUGAUAGAGAUGGUAGGGGACGUAGCUGAGGAGCAGCAAGAUGACGACAGUGAGACCAUAGAAAAGGUCAUGGACAUCAGGAUCGGCAAGAAAGGAGUGACUGGUGCUUCCACUACUCAGUAUGCUGUGGAGGCCAACGGGGACCCUGGGGCAGACUUUGACCCAGAGAAAGACGAGGGUGAGACCCACUACCUCAUCAAAUGGAAAGGCUGGUCCUACAUUCACAACACCUGGGAGAGCAUUGACUCUCUUACUCAGCAGAAGGUCAAGGGUUCCAAAAAACUGGAGAACUUCAAAAGGAAGAAUGAUGAGUUGAAGGCAUGGUUUAGAAAAGCAUCUCCAGAGGAUAUUGAAUAUUACAACUGCCAGAUGGAACUGACCACAGACUUGAAUAAGCAGUUCCAAAUUGUGGAACGAAUCAUUGCAACUAAAACAGGGAAGAUGCCAGGGUCCAUUGAUUUUCCGUCGCACAGUCACAAGACGGCGUCGUCGUCUGAUGAACCUGAGUACUUGUGUAAGUGGAUGGGCCUUCCCUACUCCGAGUGCAGCUGGGAAGAUGGAGCUCUGGUUCAGAAGAAGUUCCAGCGCUGCAUAGAUAACUUCAGCAACAGGGACUCCAGCAAAACAAUCCCUUCCAAAGAGUGCAAGGUGUUGAAACAACGGCCUCGAUUUGUUGCACUGAAAAAGCAACCAACGUACAUUGGAAAUGAGAACCUGGUGCUGAGAGAUUACCAGUUAGAUGGACUCAACUGGCUGGCCCAUUCCUGGUGCAGGUGCAACAGUGUUAUCCUUGCCGAUGAGAUGGGUCUUGGAAAGACCAUCCAGACCAUCUCCUUCCUGUCUUACCUUUUCCACCAGCACCAGCUCUAUGGGCCUUUCCUGGUGGUGGUGCCCCUGUCAACACUCACCUCCUGGCAGAGGGAGUUUGAAACCUGGGCCCCUGACAUGAACGUGGUGGUCUAUUUGGGGGAUGUUAUGAGUAGGAAAUCAAUCCGCGACUACGAGUGGGUAAACCACCAGACAAAAAGAAUCAAGUUCAAUGCACUUUUGACCACGUAUGAAAUUUUACUGAAAGACAAGGGGGUUUUGGGGAACAUCAACUGGGCCUUUUUGGGUGUGGACGAAGCCCAUAGACUGAAGAACGAUGACUCGCUGUUAUACAAGACCCUCAUGGACUUCAGGUCGAAUCACAGGCUGCUCAUCACUGGCACUCCUCUUCAGAACUCUCUCAAAGAGCUAUGGUCCCUACUGCACUUCCUGAUGCCUGACAAGUUUGAAAGUUGGGAUGACUUUGACGAUGAGCAUGGGAAAGGGAGCGAUAACGGCUACCAGAGUCUCCACAAGGUCCUCGAGCCCUUCCUCCUGAGGCGCGUCAAGAAGGAUGUGGAGAAGUCCCUUCCUGCCAAGGUGGAGCAGAUCCUCCGCGUGGACAUGUCAGCCCAGCAGAAACAGUUCUACAAGUGGAUCCUCACCAGGAACUACAGAGCGCUUUCCAAAGGCACUCGAGGCAGCUCCUCCGGGUUCCUGAACAUCAUCAUGGAGCUGAAGAAGUGCUGCAACCACGGUUUCCUGAUCAAGCAGCCGGAGGAGGGGGAGAACGAGACACAGAAGGAACACCUGCAGAACCUGGUGAGGGGCAGUGGGAAGCUGGUGCUGCUGGACAAGCUAUUGACCAGGCUCCGUGAGCGAGGGAACCGUGUCCUCAUCUUCUCCCAGAUGGUGCGCAUGUUGGAUAUUCUGGCAGAGUACUUGGCCCAGAAGCGCUACCCAUUCCAGCGCUUGGACGGAUCCAUAAAGGGAGAAAUCCGAAAACAAGCCCUUGACCACUUUAAUGCUGAAGGAUCUGAGGACUUCUGUUUCCUGCUUUCUACUAGAGCUGGAGGUUUGGGGAUUAACUUGGCAUCUGCGGACACAGUGGUGAUCUUUGAUUCUGACUGGAACCCCCAGAAUGACCUGCAGGCUCAGGCCAGAGCUCACAGAAUUGGCCAGAAAAAACAGGUGAACAUCUAUCGAUUGGUCACCAAGGGAACAGUGGAAGAGGACAUUAUUGAGCGAGCCAAGAAGAAGAUGGUUUUGGAUCAUCUUGUCAUCCAAAGAAUGGACACCACUGGUCGAACUGUUCUAGAGAACAACUCUGGAAAUUCAAAUUCUAACCCAUUCAACAAAGAGGAACUGACUGCCAUCCUGAAGUUUGGAGCAGGAGAUCUUUUCAAAGAGGCAGAAGGAGAGGAGUCUGAACCACAGGAGAUGGAUAUUGAUGAGAUCUUGCGAUUGGCUGAAACACGAGAAAGUGACCAGGGAUCGAGUGCCACAGAUGAGCUCCUCUCUCAGUUCAAGGUGGCCAACUUCUCCAACAUGGAGGAGAGCGCCCCCGAGAUAGAGGGGAGGGCCGUAAAGGACUGGGACGACAUCAUCCCCGAGGACCAGAGGCGUCGGCUGGAGGAGGAGGAGAAACAGAGGGAGAUGGAGGACAUCUACAUGCUGCCCCGCAGCAGGAGCUCCAACAAGAGGGCGCAGGCCAACGACAGCGACAGCGACGUGGGCUCCAAGCUGAAACACCGCUCGUCGGGCUCCGAGAGCGAGACCGACGACAGUGAGGAUGACAAGAAGCCCAAGAAGAGGGGCCGGCCCAGAGCCCGCAAGAACAACGUGGAAGGUUUCACCGACGCCGAGAUCCGACGCUUCAUUAAGGCGUACAAGAAGUUCGGAUCUCCUCUAGAAAGACUAGAGGGCGUUGCCAGGGACUCUGAGCUCGUGGACAAGUCCAUAGCGGACCUGAAGAGACUGGGUGAUCUUAUCCACAGCAGCUGUGUGACUGCAGUGCAAGAACACGAGGAGCACCUCAAAGAGAACCCCAGCGAAGCCAAAGGUCCCGGGAAGCGCCGAGGGAUCAACAUCAAGAUCUCGGGAGUGCAGGUCAACGCCAAGUCCAUCAUCCAGCACGAGGAGGAGUUUGAGCCACUGCACAAAGCUGUACCGGCCAAUCCCGCCGAGAGGAGCAAGUUCCAGUUGACCUGCAGAGUGAAAGUGGCUCAUUUCGACGUGGACUGGGAGGUACAAGACGACACGCAGCUCCUGCUGGGCAUCUAUGAACACGGCUACGGCAACUGGGACCUGAUCAAGACCGACCCCGACAUAAAACUUGCCGACAAGAUCCUCCCUGAUGACCCGAACAAGAAGCCCCAGGGGAAGCAGCUCCAGGCCAGGGCAGACUACCUCCUCAAGCUGCUGAAGAAGGAGGCGGACACUAAGGAUCAGUCUAAAUCAGGAGAGGAGACCAAAGCAAAGAAAAGAAAACCCAGAGUGAAGAAGGAGAACAAGGCCCCUAAAGAUGAGCAGGGCAAUGACAUCUCCUCCCCCUGUCUGUCAGACAACCCCUCAGAGGAAGGGGAGGUGAAGGAUGAUGGAGCAGAGAAAUCUCCAUCAAAGAAGAGACAGAAGAAGAAGGAUAACAAAGAGAACAAAGAAAAACAGGGAACUUCAAAAAAAGAGAAAGAAGGGGACAAAGACAAAAAGCGUCCCAAGGGCAAAAAAGAUAAGGCUAAAGGAGCCAAAGGGAACAAACCCCAAGGGCCAGUGCACAUCACUGCUGGGAACGACCCCAUUCCUAUCGGAGAGGAGGACGAGGAGCUGGACCAGGAGACCUUCAGCAUAUGUAAGGAGCGCAUGAGGCCAGUUAAGAAGGCCCUAAAGCAGCUUGAUAAGCCUGACGAGGGCCUGUCUGUCCAGGAGCAGCUCCAGCACACAGGAACAUGCCUGCUGAAGAUAGGAGACCGCAUCACCGAGUGCCUCAAGUCCUACAGCGACCCGGAGGACGUCAAAACCUGGCGUCGAAACCUCUGGAUCUUUGUGUCCAAGUUCACGGAGUUUGGUGCGAGGAAACUUCACAAACUUUACAAAAUGGCUCUGAAGAAGCGUUCACACGAGGAAGACAAGGACCAGAGGAAGAAGGAUGACCCCUCGGGUAGGAAGAAGCCCAUCAGGUCCGAGACCUCUGGCUCCAGUCGAGAGUCUACGGGGACCCAGCCGUCCUCCAAGUCUCACCCAGGAAUAGCCCAGUCUUCUGGGCCAGGCCCGCACGGACACCACAGAGAACCAUACAGCCAGGCCAGCAAGAGACACUUUGGAAAUGACGAUAGGGGAGACUGGCAGAGAGAACGUAAAUACAGUUAUCCUGGAAACAGCAACCAGUCCUGGCAAGGGGAUCGACAUCACCCGUAUGACCAGCCACGAUACAAGGACCAUCACUAUGGCGACCGUCGUCCCCAUGGAGACUCCUAUCGCAGCUCUGGCAGUUACCGUAGCAGCAGCUCCCCCCGGAAGAGGCCGUACGACCAGUAUGACAAUGACCGAGAUCACAGAGGUCAUCGCACCUAUUACGACAGGCACCCGGACCCCAAAAGGAGACGCUCGGACGAGUUCCGUCCUAACUACCACCAGGGGAGCGGAGGAGGUCAUGCUCAGGACUUCAGAAGGAUGCCCGAGCACAGGCCCGGCCAGGCCCCAGCAGGGACCGAGCACUACCGGCCCUUACACUCAGACAAACCCCCUCCGUUGUUGGACCCACGCUCCCCACAGGCCCACAAGUCCCCCCAGGACUCCCACUCGCCACUCGAGCGGCCUGCAGAGCAGAAGGGGGACGGGCCAGAUGGGACCUGGAACAACAGGAAGUUGUGAAGCCCCUUGCCGCAAACGGAGGGGCUGGACUUGAGGGGCUCAUAUCGGGAAACGAACGAGGAAGGGGGCGAAGACGCAUGCUGCUGAUGGACAGGCCUGACGGGGUCGAUUGUGCCCUCACUGUUCGGAAGGGAGAUGACACCAACUCUGAAAACCAGCAAACCCCCCUCCUUCCCCAAUGUGUGAUUGUGAUAAUAUACUAUGCUUGUGCCCCAACAAGUGAGGAAACAAAUAUGUGAAAGAUACGCUUUAUUGUUUGGUUGUUUUUGUUCUGUGUUGGAUGGUCCGGGUAAUGCUUAAAGAGGAUUGGUCCCAUGGACUGUUAAUUAUGAAAAUGUUUUGAUGCCUAAAAAUGAAUGAUGACUGAUCUUGAAACUCUUAAAAAGUGCCUCAAGUAUUUGGCCUUUUGAAUGGUAUAGAUAUGGGAUUAUUCUCAAAGGAACAACGCCUUUUUGUUAAACUAAAUUACUUUUAAACAGGUGUGAUUGGAAGAUAUUCUGCAUUGGAUUAUGUGAAUCACACCUUCACCGGUCAAUUCAUCUUCAUCUUGUCCAGGUUGUUUAGAAUUAUCAUAUUUCAAGAUAUACUUUUUCCUGGUAUCGAAAUGGUGUUGCAUCCACUUUUAAAAAUCAUCAAGGAAUAAUAGGUAAUCAAGGCUACUUAGUCCUCAAGUACUAUUCAAAUUGUUUUAGGACAUUUUGUAUUUCGCAUAAUGUAUACGUCAUUACAAUCUUAACACAUAGUCAACAGUGACCAAAGUAUUUGCUGAUGGGUUAUAACCUAAUGGGAAAAUAACCUUAUCACCAGUAUUGGGGGUAUUGAAUUUUAUGUGCAAAGGUCUAUAACACUAUAAUUUUGUCAACAAUGUCCAUUCAAGCUUUAUUUUGUAGCUGUGUGAGGAAAGCCAUUUCUGUCACCUUUCUUGAAUCUGUAUGUCUGUAUGAAUGUUACUUCAGCUUCAUGUUAUUCUCAGCACUGCACUACUGGUUGGCUCCACCUAUAAAGUAUUUAAAAUGUC